AUGACAAUGACCGAGUUCCUUCUUCCCGUUGAAUUAUUUAUUAACAACAUCGUAGAUAUUUAUUUACCAAUCGCCGACAUCUCUAGCUGCACCGUUGCUAGUUUUCAUCGUAGCACUUUUAGAUUUGCACGAGUUGUCAAUCAUGGAAGAGGAUAACAAGAGAUCGUUAUCCCCUACUCGUACCGAGGAGAAAGAGAGAGAGACGGUGGAACCUACUGUUGACGAAAAACGUGCCGUUCCUGUUCAUCCCAAGCAGCCUGCACCUUCGGAAGAAGCUGUCCCUGCCGCCGAUGCGACUGAAGCUGCAGUCCAGGACGCUGAACUAAGCUCACCUCCUGAGAGCAGCUCAGUAUCUAGCGUUAACCCUGAUAUGCUGGGCGACGAGAUUGUUGUUGGUACACGCGCUAACGGAAACAAAUCCCCUGCCCGUCGAGUCGCUUCCGAGCGAGGAGACGUCGAUAUGCCUGACAUCGAGGAGGACGAUGAGCCUGUUCCACAUUACCCGAAGCGCAAACGCGCAUCACUUUACAACAACCUUGGCGAUGAAGAGCUAGAAAAUAGCCAGGUCAAAGAUGUAGAUGAUGUUGACGAGGGUUUAGCUAAAGGGAAACCACGACAAAAGUUUGACGAAGACAACAAACACGUGCCUGUUGGCUAUUGGCGUUCUUCCCCAGUUCCUCAGAUGGAAGGAAAGCAUAUGGUGGUCGGGUUUAUCGAUGUGCGCGAUCGCCUACGAACACGGAUCAGGCCUAAGGCGCUAAAUGGUGACCUUAUCAACCUUGAACUAUUUCCUAUCCCUUCGGGUCCUGGUGGUAGCUGGAUUACCUUUCCGGGUACCGUAUUCUUAGACCAUCUUAUUGGAAGAGAUCACAACGUGAUCAAGGAGUAUGUAAAAGUCCGAGCUGAGACGCUCCACGACCGCUCAAAGGAAGCCGACCAGGCUGCAAUAACAGAAGCCCUACGUCGUCUGGAACUCAAUCCCCCGCCUGAGACCCCUCAACCUCCUUCUAUAGCAUGGGGCGCAGAUGUACCCGAACAAACACAGGUUUCUCGCCCUGAGGCAAAGCGCCGUCGUUAUGGUAGUAGUGUUGGCACUAUCGCCGAGCGCGCCGAGCGUAUCGAACAAGCUGAGCAAGCCGAUAAUGUCGAGCUUGUUGAGCGUUCCGAACGUCUUCCUAUUAUCUCCCAUAAUCAAUCGGAGAUUCCCCAAUCACCCCGAAAACCGACUCGCAUCCUUGUUGGCUGCUGGGCCAAGUCUACUGCGCAGAAAGAUGAGGAUAAACUUGCGGUCUACGGUAUUUUGGGCGCGAAUGAUAUGUUCCGUGUCAAACUUGUCCGCGAGACAAUGGAUGGUCGUUAUACAGAUGAUAACUUCCCCAGUGGAGCAGGCGCGUUAUGGAUUUCGUACGAUGAGGUCCUUUUUGUUAGUCAUCUGAAGCAGCUUACCAGACCGGAGGUCAAGGAAUAUGUCCGCAUUCGCCAGGCUCAGAUUGAUGCCGGGGAAAAGAGGGAAGAGCAAGUUGCGAAUGAGACUAAAGCAGUUCACGAGGCUCAACUACGAGCAGCAGCGAUUUCAGCAGCCAGUCCUAUCCGGGCGCCUCACCAGGGGCAUGCAGGUCCUAGCCCUUCGUCCGGUCUCAGCCGUGAGGAUGUUCGUGACGGCCACGAACCGAGACAGCCUCGACGCGAAGUUGCGUCCCGAAACAUCGAGUCAGCCCAAUCAAUGCGACAUUCUCACCCGGAAAUGGAGAUUAGACAGGCUAGUCGUAACACUAGUAAUGAUCCUAUUGAGCGCGUUCAGGGUUAUGCUAACCGCGAAGUUGCGAGAAUGGAAGCGGUGCAGAUGCGUACCGAUCGCCACCAGGCCAACCGCAGCUCCGUGGUAAAUCCCGGGGCCUUGACGAACGCGCAUGAUAACCGGCGCGACUUCGACGAGAAUAUUCUCAAGAUGAACCAAGUUUGGGAGGCUCAAGAGAAUAUGAGAAUGGGACCGGCUAGUCGCCACGGUAAUGGAGAUGUCAUGAUGCACCAAGGCAUCAAGUAUGAACGAAAGCAGAACGGACCAUUCAAAGAUAGACUUGUCAGCCAAGGAACUAUCAUCAACAUCGACGGCGAAGAUUACGUCGAAUAUCGCGUUCUUACGAAACCCUCAUUUUUCUAGACUCAUCUCUUACGGCCUUUUCCGGUGUGGUUGGCCAACGCAUAGAUUCUAAUCAGAACUCGUCACCUUUGCCGAGUCUGUCCUUCCAUAUGCACAUAGCAUUCUACUUUCUGCUUUCGGAGUUGUCCUUCACGUUUACGACACAUUGUCUUUCCGCAUUGCUUAGAGCCAACCCCGAUACCAAACUUCUAUUUCCAAGGAGCAUUAAUGAUGCAAGAUCAAAUAUGCCCAGGUGCAUAUGAAACAACCUUUUUUCUAACGAGGACUAUAAGUUUUCGGCAUUUCUUUUUACGAGGACGGCGUCACGGAGGGAAAAGAAACCUAAUUAGUCGAUGAUUUUAAGUUGACGCGCACGAGACGCGCAGCCACUCCUGUGUAUAAUUAUUAGGUUUCGCGGAUGACAACCCUCUGGUUGAGGGGAGGAGGAGGGGGGGGGGAGAGGAGGAUGUGCGGCAGCACUCUUGAUGUAGGCGUCCGGUGG